UCGUGUAGGGCAAGGGGCAUAUAUAACGGGAAUCAAAGCUAUGACGUUUAAAACCCAAUUGAAUGAGAGGAUUUUCCAGGGUCAAGGGGGAACAAUUGAUCGCUACAUUUCUUAGCUCUACUGUUACUUCCCCUUCUCUCCUUUCCCCGCCGCCGCUAUCCAUUCGCUCUCUCACCGCUCAUCGUUCAAUUGGGGUUCAACUCUUCUUCAAUUUCCCACUGUCGGGUUGCUGUUCUUUAUCAUCUGCAUCAUCCGAGCCAUCGAUUCCUCCAUUUCCGCCGUCAUCUCUGUCACCAAUGCCAGGGGCCGGUUCUCAAGGAGUGGAAUGGCCGGCCGACCGCGUAAGGGACACCUUUUUUCGAUUCUUUGAGGAGAAGAAUCAUGUUUACUGGAAGUCUAGCCCCGUUGUGCCCGUAAACGACCCGACCCUUCUCUUUGCUAACGCGGGUAUGAAUCAGUACAAGCCCAUUUUCUUGGGCACUGCUGAUCCUAACACGUCUUUGAGUAAACUUACCCGAGCUUGUAAUACUCAGAAAUGUAUUCGUGCUGGUGGGAAACACAAUGAUCUUGAUGAUGUUGGAAAAGACACUUAUCACCAUACUUUCUUUGAGAUGCUUGGCAAUUGGUCAUUCGGGGAUUACUUUAAGAAGGAAGCCAUCACAUGGGCCUGGGAACUUCUUACACAGGUUUAUAAGCUUCCCACAGAUCGAAUUUAUGCCACCUACUUCGGUGGUGAUGAGAAAGCUGGUCUUGCACCUGAUACUGAGGCUAGAGACAUAUGGCUGAAGUUUUUACCUGCAGAACGUGUCUUACCUUUUGGCUGCAAAGACAACUUCUGGGAGAUGGGUGAUACUGGUCCUUGUGGACCAUGCACUGAAAUACAUUACGACAGGCUUGGUGGUCGUGAUGCUGCACGAUUGGUUAAUAAUGAUGACCCUACAUGCAUUGAGAUAUGGAACCUUGUUUUUAUUCAGUUCAACAGGGAAAAUGAUGGCUCCCUGAAAUCUCUCCCUGCCAAGCAUGUUGAUACUGGUAUGGGAUUUGAAAGACUGACUUCGGUGCUUCAGAACAAGCUGAGUAAUUAUGAUACCGAUGUGUUCAUGCCCAUCUUUGAUGCAAUCCAAAAGGCAACUGGAGCUCGGCCGUAUAGUGGAAAAGUUGGGCCAGAUGAUGUGGACAACAUGGACAUGGCUUACAGGGUUGUUGCUGAUCAUAUAAGAACUCUUUCAUUUGCUAUUGCUGAUGGGUCUUGUCCAGGUAACGAGGGGCGCGAGUAUGUUUUGAGACGUAUUCUUCGUCGUGCAGUUCGAUAUGGAAGCGAAGUUUUAAAAGCUCAAGAAGGAUUUUUUAACGGACUUGUGAGUACUGUGGUGAAAGUGAUGGGUGAUGUCUUCCCAGAGCUAAAACAACAUGAAGUGAGAAUUAGGGAGAUAAUUGCAGAGGAGGAAGCAAGUUUUGGGAAAACUUUACUAAAGGGAAUUGAGAAGUUUAAGAAGGCCGCUCAGGAUGUACAAGGGAAGAUAUUGAGUGGGCAGGAUGCUUUUAUCUUGUGGGAUACGUAUGGAUUUCCAUUAGAUUUGACUCAGUUGAUGGCGGAAGAGAGGGGUCUGCUAGUUGAUACUCAGGGUUUCAACAAUGCUAUGGAUGAGGCGAGGGAAAGAUCAAGAAGUGCUCAAAAUAAGCAAGCAGGUGGUACAAUUGCCAUGGAUGCUGAUGCUACAGCAGCAUUGCACAAGAAGGCAGUUGCUUCAACUGAUGACAAAUUCAAAUUUAUUUGGUUUAAGGACCAUGAAAGUGUGGUGAAAGCUAUCUACACUGGUUAUGAAUUUCUUGAAAGUGUAGACGCUGGUAAUGAAGUUGGUUUAGUUCUGGAAUCUACAAGCUUUUAUGCUGAGCAAGGUGGUCAGAUUUUUGAUACUGGAAUAAUUGAAGGUUCCUUUGGCUCAUUUGAAGUAUGUAAUGUUCAAAUAUUUGGAGGUUUCAUUGUUCAUAUUGGUUCAUUUAAUGGUGGGAGCGGCAGAAUUUCUCUGGGUGACAAAGUUGUUUGUAAGGUUGACUAUGAGCGGCGUAAGCUCAUUGCUCCUAACCAUACUUGUACACAUAUGUUGAAUUUUGCUCUUAGGGAAAUUCUUGGAAACCAUGUUGACCAGAAGGGGUCUAUCGUUCUUCCUGAAAAACUGCGAUUUGAUUUUUCUCAUGGCAAGCCAGUAGAUCCUGAUGAUUUGAGAAAAAUAGAAUCAAUUGUGAACAAACAAAUAGAAGAUGAAUUGGACGUAAAUGCUAAGGAGGUAACCCUUGCUGAAGCAAAGCGUAUUAAUGGGUUAAGGGCUGUAUUUGGAGAAGUCUAUCCUGAUCCAGUUAGAGUUGUUGCCAUUGGGAAAAAUGUCGAGGAACUCCUGGCUGAUCCAGAUAAUGAGAACUGGUUAUCCAUUUCUUCAGAGCUAUGUGGAGGGACCCAUAUAUCAAAUACACGGGAAGCAAAGGCAUUUGCCCUUCUAUCUGAAGAAGGAAUUGCUAAGGGGAUUCGAAGAAUUACUGCUGUUACUACCGAUUCUGCCUUUAAGGCAAUCGAGCAGGCUCAAUCACUUGAGCAGGAAGUUGACGCUGCUUUUAAUAUAGAUGGUAGCUUGCUGGAAAAGGUGGUUGCUUCAUUCAAAAACCGUGUCGAUUCAGCACCAAUUCCUGCUGCCAGAAAAGCACAAAUUAGGGCAAAGAUUGUCUUGCUCCAGAACGAAGUGAGGAAGGCUCAAAAGAAGCUGGCUGAAGAAAAUAUGCAGAAGGCCGUCAAAAUUGCCGUUGAAACAGCUGAAAUGGCUUCUUCAAAUGGUAGGGCCUUCUGUAUAUCCCAUGUCGAUGUUGGUUUGGAUGCAGCCGCUGUUCGUGAAGCAGUUGUUAAAGUUAUGGAGCAAAAGGGCAUAUCCGCAAUGGUUUUCAGCACCGAUGAAACCACAAAGAAGGUUGUGGUUUGUGCCGGGGUUCCCACGAAAGGGAACCAAGGGAAGCAAUUAGAGGUAUCAGAAUGGUUGACAACAGCCUUGCAGCCUUUAAAAGGAAGAUGCGGGAAGGGGAAAGGUGGUCUCGCUACAGGCCAGGGAAUUGAUGCAUCUCAAAUAAAGGAGGCAAUGGAUCUUGCUACAUCUUUUGCAUCAUUGAAAUUGAACCAAUGAAAGUUAGAUUCAUGAAGUCUCAUUCAGAGGAGUUCUGCUAUUCUGUUCUGUCAUUAGUUGGGCUAACCUUAUGGAAAACCACAUAUCUCAAGUUUGAGAAUUAACUGUCAAAAUAUUUGCACAAGCUGUCUUCCACAAUGAUCACAGGUUUCUUUUUCAUCUCUUUUCUGGGGUGUGGGGAUUGUUUCCUCUAUUUUUCUCUUCUACUCGCACAAAUACUAGUUGGAUGUCCAAAGGAAUCGAUAUGAUUCAUACUACAAUUUGAAGUACUAGAAGUUGUAAAGCAUUGUCAUUAGACUCAUUACUAAAUGCCAUAAUGGCAAUUUAAAA